AUGGCUCCACACUCUACUGACAGUAGCAUCGACGACUCGGAUGACUCUGAUAUUCUAGAUGAUGGAUUGCUGUCUAAUGCGAUAGACGAAAGCACUCCGUUUAAUCUUGACGAUGUUCCUCCGGCUGUGGAAUCCGACGAUCCUGUGUCACAGGAAGAGGUCUUUCACAGCAUGUUCAUUGCUCGUGAAGCCUUCAAGAAAAUCUUUCGCAGGAAGGACAAGGCCACCGCAGCAAAUUUAUUACUGCGUCGCACGAACCUCCGCAUCGAUCCGCAUCUAACAUUUGCUCCUGAUCACCCCAUGUUGUUGUGGGACGCGUCGAAGCAUUUCCUUGACUUUGUCCUCGUCGUAUCGGGUGCGAUCGGUUUGCAUGCAUUCCUCCCGAACACUAUCUCCGACCACACGUUUUCUGUCUCUUUGGAUUUCCGCCUCCAGAACAAACAGUUCAAGCCCAAGUUCGGUAAGCUCGGGUUUGAUCCUAUGGGUUCGAUGAUGGCAAUCGGGACCGGCGGUUCUUGCGAGCUGUGGCUUGCAUUUUGUCCCUUGACACACAUCGAGGAUCUUUCUAUUGCCGAUGAGACUCCUUUGCUAAACGCCAUGAAGCAUGGCGAGACUCGUCUGUCACCCCGUCACUAUCGCAUGGCGGUUAUGUUUAUUGCCUCGGCGUUGGCACAAAUAUCGUCGCUGCCUGUUCACGUCAUGCAUACAUAUGGAACCGACGAGGAUUUUUCUCUCUGGAGAGUCAAGGAGGUCACUAACCUGUAUGAUCAACCGACCAUCAACCUCCGUUUGGAGGACUUGAAGGCCCUCCACGCAUACAUCGUGUCGGAUUGGGAUGACUGGGUUCACAAUGCACCAGCGUCUUGGAAGGACGACGGUUGGCUCCAAUCCCGUGCACCUUUAUCCAUAGCCUGUAGGUAUGGACAAAACCAAGCAAUCGCGAGCUUAAACCCGACCGCUCGACGUGUGGAAGCGGCGAAUUGGCAAGCGGAGCGUGAAUAUUCCAAUAUUCGUUACAUGUCGAUGGCUAUCGCCACCGAUCUUACGUGCGUGCCGUUUUUCCUUUACUAUGAGCCGCUCUCUCACUUGACAACCACCACCGUCGCCGUCAGCUGUAAACCAGUGUCUCGAUGGGAGAAAAUCCCUGAGGAUGAGUUGCUGGACGCCCACGACAUCAUAUAUGAUUCGCCGAACUCUUCCAUCCGGCAGCCGGUGAAUUUGGACUUUCCUCCCCGUGAUCCUGAUACGCAGAAAGAAAACAACAUCUACGACGAAGAUGGUCGUCGAAUUCCCCGCUUUGAUGGUCUCUGCAGUCCUAACGUGAACCCUUGUGGCGUUCUUAUCAACCUCGAGACUAUCACCGAGUUGUUUUCUGCAAUUAUUGCGGAAGAUGAUGACUUGGCCUUUGAUCCUGAUGUCAUCAUGGACGAUGAAAAUCUUGGCAUUCCUCGCGUCAGUGUUUAUCCUCAGGCUUUCCUCAAGAAGUAUGGUCAUGUUCAAUGCAACACCGUUUUACCCCAUUUCGCUCCAUUCAUAUCGAAAAUUUGCAAUGCCGUAUCUCGCGACACAGUCGGUCAAGACGACUUGGAUGAUGAGGCUUUGGACGACGAUCUCUUCAACGACUUUCCACAUGGGUUGCCACCUGUACUCUUGGCUAGCGGCUGCCAGUUCUACAAUGAGAUCUCGCAUCGCAUCAGACCGUCCGCCGCCUUGCAUGAUGUUCAGCAAGGUCGCGUCACUUCCGCUCUCUCAGAUGCUUACGCCACUACCCGCAACGCUCAGACUGCGCACAAGGUGAGACAUUACAUGAACGUGGAAGAGGGCAACAGGAUUGUCACUGCAUGGUACAUGCGAGACAGCAUCCACAAUUUUGUUGGGACUCCGAGCACGGAGUAUGCAAAAUAUGACCGUGUAGAUAUUUAG